CCAGUGCCCUUCCUUACCUUUGUCUCUCUCUCUCUCUCCUCUCUCUUUCUCUCUCUAGUUUUCAUCUCAAAGCCAAACCCAACGGCAUAUUCUUCGUUUCUCUUUUCUCAAAUUUCUUUUCCUCUUCUUCAUAACUUCACAAACCCACAAAUCCCUUUUCCCCAAUUUGCGUUUAAUCGACCUGGGAUUUUGCUAUCUGUUCUUCGAAGAUCUUGGAACACUUGGGCGCUGAUAAUUUCCCCCAUUUUUUGCAACCCCCCUUUUCCCCCUUUGAUUUCUUCGUUUUUUUUCACUUGGGUUAACCGAUGGUUGUGAAGAUGAUGAAGUGGCGGCCAUGGCCGCCGCUAGUUUCAAGGAAGUACGAGGUUAGGCUUGUCGUUAAGAAACUCGAAGGGCUUGACGGCGUCGCGGAUAAGGGGGUUGACAAAUUGACAGUAGAAAUCAAAUGGAAGGGUCCGAAAAUGGCUUUGAGUCCAUUGAGAAGAACGGCUGUGAAGAGAAAUUACACGAAGGAAGCAUAUGGGGUGGAUCAGAACGGCGUGGUUCAGUGGGAUGAGGAGUUUCACAACGUUUGUACUUUCUCUGCUUAUAAGGAGAAUGUGUUUCAUCCAUGGGAGAUCGUUUUCUCUGCCUUCAAUGGCUUAAAUCAAGGGUCGACAAACAAAGUUCAUGUUGUUGGCUCAGCAGCUCUUAACCUGUCUGAACACCUUUCUGUGGCUGAACAAAAAGAGCUUGAAUUGAAGAUACCCCUUAAUCCAUCUACAAAUGCAUCCGAGGGUAGCCACGUUCUCUGGAUAUCGCUGAACUUAUUGGAGCUAAGAACGGCUCAAGUUGUAUCACAACCUGUACAGAGAUCAAUGGCUGCAGCCUCAUCUCCACCUUGGUCUGGAGAAAAUGUCCCAGCAGAAAAGGAUGAGGUCUCUGCUCUUAAAGCUGGCCUUAGGAAAGUAAAGAUUUUUACGGAGUUUGUGUCGACCCGAAAGGCGAAAAAGGCUUGCCAUGAAGAGGAAGGCAGUGAGGGUAGGUGCUCGACUAAGAGUGAGGAUGGCGAGUCGAGCUACCCGUUUGACUCUGAUUCGCUUGAUGACGUUGAGGAAGUGGAAACCGAUGAAGCGAAGGAGGAUACUAACAUUAGGAAGUCCUUCAGUUAUGGCACUCUGGCUUAUGCAAAUUAUGCUGGUGGAUCAUAUUACUCUGAUAUGAAGAUCAACGGUGAUGACGAAAAUUUAGUUUACUAUAGUAAUCGAAAAUCAGAUGUCGGGUGUUCGAGCAUGGAGGAUUCAAAUGCAUCGGCAUCUGAGCAAACUUUGCCACAAAGUUCGAAACGCGGCCUACUUCCGUGGAGGAAGAGAAAGUUAAGUUUUAGAUCACCUAAGGUAAAAGGAGAGCCAUUGUUGAAGAAGGCUUAUGGCGAAGAAGGUGGUGAUGACAUUGAUCACGAUCGAAGGCAGCUCAGCUCCGAUGAAUCUAUUGGUCUUGGGUGGCAAAAGACCGAAGAGGAUUCAACUGCGAACCGAUCAUCGGUUUCGGAAUUUGGGGACGACAAUUUUGCGAUUGGCGCUUGGGAACAGAAAGAAAUUGUGAGCCGUGAUGGACAUUUGAAGCUACAAACACAGGUCUUCUUUGCUUCUAUCGACCAACGGAGUGAGCGGGCAGCUGGUGAAAGUGCUUGUACUGCUCUUGUAGCUGUUAUUGCUGAUUGGUUUCACAACAGCCAAAAUCUCAUGCCUAUAAAAUCUCAGUUCGAUAGUUUGAUUCGAGAUGGCUCGUUCGAGUGGAGGAAACUCUGCGAAAAUGAAAUAUAUCGCGAAAAAUUCCCAGACAAGCAUUUUGAUCUCGAAACCGUUGUCCAAGCCGAAAUCCGACCCCUUUCUGUGGUUCCAAGGAAGUCGUUCAUUGGUUUUUUCCAUCCAGAAGGCGUAAAUGAGGCGAGGUUUGAAUUUUUGCACGGUGCCAUGUCCUUUGAUAACAUAUGGGAUGAGAUUAGCCAUACUGGGUCGGAAUGUUCAGACGACAGUGAACCGCGAGUUUAUAUUGUCAGUUGGAACGACCAUUUCUUUAUUCUCAAGGUCGAAUCCGACGCGUACUACAUCAUCGACACAUUAGGGGAGAGACUCUAUGAAGGAUGCAAUCAAGCCUACAUCUUGAAGUUCGACGACAACACUACGAUCUGUAAAAUGCCUGAAACUAGCCAAACAUCAGGCGAAAAAACGUCCAAUGAUCAGCAGAUUGUUGCAGAAAUAGUCGAAGACAAAGAUCAACAGGCGAGCGUAUUGGUGAACGUAACUUCAGAAGAACCAAUGAAUGAGAAAGACGAAGUCUUAUGUCGUGGGAAACAAUCCUGUAAAGAAUACAUCAAGAGCUUCUUGGCUGCUAUCCCGAUUCGGGAACUGCAAGCCGAUAUCAAGAAGGGUCUAAUGGCAUCAACCCCGCUUCACCAUCGACUCCAGAUCGAGCUGCACUACACCCAGAUUUUGCAACCUUCGGACGAUCUCAAAGGCAUAACACGAAGCCCAGAUUCGACGCUAGCAGACAUUGCUGCUACUACGUAAUGUAAAUUUUAGGAUGCUUGGUUAGUCUUAACUAGUUUUUGUUUUUGAAAUGACUGAGAGGUUAACAAAGAGGAAUUUAUAGAGAAGAGAGGGUAUGAAAAUGCAGUGUAGUAGUAGUUAGUAUGCAGCAGCAGCAAUGUUAAGAGCAACUGCCUGUGUUUUUUGCUUGCC